GGCGUUUUUUCGAAUCGGCGGCGAUAAGAAAAAACAACUUUAUCCGCAAGGAUAUCCAAACGAGAAACGAAAUUAGAAAAGGGAGGAGUUAAGCAAAUAACGUGACGUCACAAUUCGCUCGGCGAUAUAACACAGUGAUUUACAAUUCUCCUAUCAGUGAAUUGGAUCAAUCGGACAGACAAGAAAUUGAAUUGAUUCGCGGUCGUGGCUGCUGUUUGUGCUCCAAGGUUCACCUGUCUGUUUUUCGGUUGUUUUUUUCUUGUUGUGCAAGCACGUGGCAAUGAAAGAGAUCAACGGCGUGUGUCUGACAGAGGAAGCCCCCUGCCAUCAACAGAUUGUUGAUGUAGCACCGAUCAAAGAAACUAAUAACCAGAUUGCCUUGGUCCCAUAAAAAGUUUUGUUCAGGAAGGCCACGAAAAAUGUACCUUCCACCACGACUUGGAGCUCGACCACCGACCGCCUACUCGGGAGGCGAUGCUGCCGGAGAUGUCGAGGUCAUACCGCCUUCUUUUGAGCUCCUUAGGGGAAAAUCCAGACCGUCAAGGUCUGUUAAAAACCCCUGAAAGAGCGGCGAAGGCCAUGCUGUUCUUUACCAAGGGAUACGACCAGAGCUUAGAAGAGGUGCUGAACGACGCUAUCUUCGACGAAGACCACGACGAAAUGGUGGUGGUGAAAGACAUCGACAUGUUCUCCAUGUGCGAGCACCACCUGGUGCCUUUCUACGGCAAGGUCUCGAUUGGAUACCUGCCACGAGGCAAAGUGCUGGGACUUAGCAAACUGGCCCGCAUCGUGGAGAUCUAUUCCAGAAGGUUGCAAGUGCAGGAGAGACUCACCAAGCAGAUCGCUGUGGCUGUCACCAAGGCUGUACAGCCAGCGGGGGUGGCGGUUAUCGUGGAGGGAACGCAUAUGUGCAUGGUGAUGCGAGGUGUCCAGAAAAUCAACAGUAAAACUGUUACCUCGACGAUGCUAGGCGUAUUUCGAGACGACUCCAAGACUAGGGAAGAAUUUUUAAAUCUGGUGCAGUCCAAAUAAAUCCUAUUUUCUAUUUUCGCUGUUAGGGACUUAUGCAACCUUGGCUUGAGCUUGGCGAAGCUGCCUUUUCAGUUAUACAUUCCUCUUUAGUUAAUAGUAAUUUGUUUAAUUAUUGCUUUAUGUAAUGAAUUACAUUUUCAGGUAUUUUAAAAAUACCUUUACCAGUUUAUGUUAUUCAUAUAGGCGGGUCUUACAGUUGCUAUUAUCCUCAAUGUCAUAUCAGUAUUUAGCAGUAUAAAAACAUUAAAAAAACACGAUAUAGAUAUAUGUCAACCCUGAAUUUACAAUCAAAUGCAUAAUCUGACAUCGUUGAAUUGACGUAGCUAAAACUGUCUAAGAAGCACUCGCACUUUUUUUUGAAUAAAAUUAAAUGCAUCUGGGCCUCAUAAAAUUUUAUGCCGGUGUUCCAAUCAUCAAAAUCACGAAGUAUAAAUGUCUUCAGCUGUUGGAGUAGAAAAAUUGAAACAAGUGAUUGGACCAUUUUUACUUCCUACGCCGCUGGCGAGAAUAUAUUGUAAUCGUAAAGAAUAACGAAAAUGAGAUAUUUUGAAUUUUUCCGUGUGUCUGUCUGCUUCGUUUAUAGCUGGGAAAUUAGUAACUGGAUUUUGAUGAUACAACGUUACUAUUAUAUGCCAGGGACAAAAAAGCUUUGCAGUUUUCGAAAAUUGGUCCAGUAGUGGCGGAGCUACAGGCGAUAGAAGGGUAAAUUAAAAAUCGUUCCAACUUCGUUUUUUGACAUUCCAGAAAGUGUAAAAUAAUGAAAUAAAUGUUCGCAAGUCUUCUAAGAAUAGUAAGAUACUUCGUGGAAUGAAUAAUUUAUUUUAUUUUUAGUACCUUUUUCUCAAGCAAAUUGUCCUUGACUAUUAAAAAAAAGAAUUAAACUGAUAAUACUCUUUCUCCAAUCUUAGUCAGCUGUUAGGGUUUCCAUAGAUGGCCAACAGUAGACAUACCAGAGCAUAAGAAAGCGAUUAAGAUACUGCACGUUGUGCGAAUUUAAAGUCCAUACAUUCAAUAUUUGCCAAAUCAACACCGAUAUUCAUUCACAUUACGGCCAGAUUACACUGAUGUUUAUAGCUGGCGAACAAUAAAUAUUCCAGAGCGUACAAAAUUGAUUCUAAAUAUGAUGCAUAGGUAUACAAAAUCCAUUUGUCCAGAAUUCUUAGGAGGUACAUAGUCAUCUAUGGACGCCAUCUUCUUAUUUAAUAUUAAAGGGCACAAUAGAAAAAUGAAAAGAAUGUCAAGGAUUUGGGAGUAGGCUUAUUCAAGGACUCAUCUCUAUUUGAGUGCCAUAUAUUUUCUGAACUACGAGCAUCUGUAGCUUAUAUGGUUUGAACAAAAUAAAAUACUUUAUCGAAUUCGUGCUAAAACUUAAAAAUUUUUUGCCAUUUUUGAUAUGACACUAGGGAUGAGUUACUAUUCAUGUUCUUGUAAAAGUGAUGGUAUGCCCAAAAUUUUAAUUAAUAAUUUUCCAAUAAAUAUUAUCUCAUUGAAUUUAAAAUUUGCUGGCAUUCAUGUGCUUAAAUAUUAUUUUCGAAAAUAUAGGCUUUUUGUUACUAUAGGUUUUCUCUUAGCAAGCUGCUGUUUUGUAAGGAAUCAGCUCAAUAAAAUUGAGUAUUGUGCUUAAAAAAAUCUACGUACUUGCAUCAGCAUUUGUAUGCAAAGAUAACAUAGUGGACCACGAAAAUAUGGGUAAAAUGAUUGUUGUGACAAUAUAUUAAAAAUGUAUAUCAAUAAAUAAAAUAUAUAUGUAUAUUAAAGGUUAUAUGUUUACUGUGAUAUGGAAAUGUUGCAUAUUUAAAUUGUUUUUGUGGAGAUUUUAUGAUAUACAAGAUACAAGUAUGUGUUCUACGCUGUAUUAUUUUGUACUAUGGAUACAUGUUGACAAUUGUAAUAUUUUCGUAAGCUUGUUGAAGUUCUCAUGAUUUUGAUUAGACUUAUAUGAUAUAUACUACAAAAAAGACAAUCUAUAUAUGUUUAUGCAUAAUAAAAUAUCAGAAUGC